AUGAACAUCCACAUAUCCGGGAAUCUGAGGAAACCGACCGUGAUCUUUAUCGCCGGGUGGCCCGACACCUGUGAUGUCUUCCGCGACAACAUCAUGGCCACUUUGGCCACGGACUACCGUAUUGUUGGAGUGACGUUGCCCGGAUUUGACGACGAGCAUCCAUUUCUGGAGGAGCUGCGCAAGCGAGACGACGCGGCGAGGCUGAGACAGCUAGGGAAAUUGCGGUGCGCGGCAACGGGGUCCACGUGGGCGAGCACACUUUCGCCAAUGCGAUUGCUCACCUCCGCCGACGCUGCCCCGCGACCGAACGACAGCAGCAGCAGGAGCGGCGGGGCAUGCGCGAGCACACCGCUGCAAGUAUUCGGUCUUUCCUUUCGCUGCGCCGCUUUAGAGCCCUUCCGCACUUCCUGGAAGGGUCAUAGCUUCCAAGAUCUCGUGACGCUACUCGAAAUUGCGGUGGACACAGCCAUGGAAACAUGUAAUUACUACCCAUCUGUACGGUCGCCCAUCUCCUCGGAGGUGCAGGCGAGCGCAAGACGCAGCGGCGGCGGCGAAACGGAGACAUCAGAACCCGCCACCGAUGCGUUUGCGGCGCAUCAGUUGCCACCCACAUACACUCGACCAGUGCUAAUCGCGCAUGACUGGGGAUGCCUGCUGGCCUACGAGCUUCUCCUUGCCAGGCCAAGAUUCUUCUCCCGCAUCGUCGCCCUCGAUGUCGGCGCGUACUGUUUUGAGAGCGACGCUGCUCACGUUGAGCGCAUGUGCGUGUUGGUAUCCGGGCAGGGCAAGGGCAAGCCAAAUGACAUGGCCCGCAGCCCUUUUGCAGCAGCUGAGAGUCAGUCCGCAUUCAAACAGGAGAAGGCUGCCAAUUUAUCCGCCUCGGGGCGGGAGGCGGACGCUCUCGCUCAGACUACAGCCACCUGUGAUUCAAACUUGGCUCAACAGGGACGAAGGGUACCGGUAGCUGACGCUGUACCGGCCCUCACGCUACUUCAACGACAGAGUAGCUCUCUCCUGGACGGCCCGCCGACCCUGUCAACGCUGCCGCAGAUGCGCAGCGGUCCCUCCACUCCAGGGACGAAGCGCUCUCUCGCUUCGCAGUAUGCCAUCCGCCGGCGCAGGGGCGCCGCGCUACCGCAGGGUGCUGAGACGCGCAAAACGCUUUUCAUUGUCCUCUACCAGUUUUUUUUGAUCGCCUGUGAGCUGUUCGUGCCCCAUCGCCUGGGGCGCUGGCUGGUGGGGUGGUUUGCGAAUGUCUCCGGGAGACCCUCCUACUCGUACGACCCACAGAUGGUGGCCACGCCGCCGAUGGAGCUGCUGAACCACACCCUCAACGCACAGUUCUUUGCGCAACACCCCUUCGCUCUGGAAAACCGGGGCGCCCUGCAGCUGCCCAUGCUACUGCAGACGGAGGAGCCCAAAGUCUCUCCAUCAUCCUCUUCAGCGGCAGCAGCAGCUACGGUGGAGGCGGGCUACGGCACGGACAGGGGGCCUGCGCAGCCAACGACCGCCGGUUGGAAGAUCAUGCUCAUCCCAUAUUUGGAGAAGUUAUCCGUGACAGCUUUCCGUGGCAGCGGAACGCCUGGGAAUCAGGGUCUGAUGCAGUCGAGCGGACGACGCCUGUCAGAACGUGGGGUCGGCGAGACUUUUGAAGGAAACUGCGGCACCGUUCGCAAGUCCAGGCAUUCUGGGCGGGCACAGCGGCACUGGUUCUACGGCAACUCCUCCACAGACAGCUGCGCAGGCGCUGAUGGGAUGGGCGACACUUCGGAGGGUGACGAUGGUGCUGGCAGAAGCGGUGCCACGUUUGACAAGAAGAACCCGACAGACGGCGCGCACGUCGUCUUCUCAUCGUACGCAAAGGGUGCCGACAUGGUGUUCGAUGAGUGGAACUCACUCGCCACCGACACGCGCGACAUCGUCGAUAUGGGUCCCAGCGGUCUCGGCAGCAGCGGCGAACUUGACCCGUAUGCUCCCGUCAACGGCAUCGCUGCACCGGUGUGGGUCACCGAGGAUCCACUCACACUCACAGGCGCGCAGAGCUUCAGGGAGACGUACAGGGCAACAAGGGUUAACAGCAAGGAUGCCAGUUUCUUGAUGGCUGCCGACGGCACCUUUGCUAGCGACGGCGGUCGCGCUGACGUCUUUGGCGUCUCUUCCAACACUGGUACAAGGCAAAUGCACAUGGCAAAGCGGCGCCUCUUCUACCAGGCCGUCGUCUUUCCACCGUUGAAUAACGGGGCUACCGGGUCGUCGUCGACGUCUUUUUACGGCGACCUCGACGAUGGCGACUCAGGUCGCAGCUCUGUCGGGUCACGCUCGACGGUGCUGUGCCGAUUACGCAAGUCGAACCGCACCUCUUCACUGCGUCCUCUUGUGCUGGUGCACGCGUCGCCAUGGAACUCGUGGAUCUACCUCCGGUUCUGGUUGGGGACGUUGGUGCUGCGCCUCGUAGCACUGGUGUCGUGGCUCCUCGGCGAAAAGCAGUCCACGCAACCGUCGUCUGUGCCGGGCGACGGCACGGCAGCCUCCAGUGCCGCGGGCGCUCCGAGCAAGGCGUCAUCGAAUGUCAUGACCACAGCGAUGACAACAAUAUAUCGUCGACUGCCUGCUACGCCCUCACUCGCGGCAGAUGUUUCCACUCUGCCGGGGAACGGCGACGUCGUCUUGCAGCCAAAGAGCCAUGCGCCGCUGGUAACGCAGCGCUACUUUGUGCCGCUGCCAAUUCCCAUUCUCUUCAUGUACGGCGGCGAGAAGCGCGUUAUGUUUCACGCCGACCACUGGUGCUCGUACAUACGCCAAUAUCAGCGGCCCCGUGACGGGAUCUCCGAUGUGGUCGAGGUGCAGGGUGGCGGCCACUGGUUCUUCGCUGAAAAAAAGUAUCAAAAGAAAGUGGCUGAUCGCAUCGCUGAAUUCCUCGUGGCAGAGCCAACGACGCCGUAUGAAGUCUGA